AAGACUCCUUUCAACACAAUCGUUCGUCGCCAUUUUGAAGAGCUCGACCAGCAAACACCGGCCGAAGACCGUUGUUGCGCAGCAAUUUAUAACGUUUUGGGCAUUUUAAUUAUAGUUUUCGCUAAUAUAAGAAUUAAUGUCUCGAUUUAACAAUAAUCGUGGCGGCCUAGGGAUGAAUAAUUUCCAACAACGGAGAGGGGGCAUUGGGCCCGGCGGACCCGGCGGGCCGAUGCGGGGUGGGCUAAUGGGAAACCCACAUUUCAGAAACCAUCCUUUCCAGAAUCAGAACCAAAAUCGGAGGGGUUCAAACAACUUCAAUCAAGGACUACAGACUCCCCAGAAGCCGCAACCGAACCAGUCGCUGCCAAUUAUUCCUCCGCCAACUCCUGGUCCGGCUCUCACCAUGAAAGGCCCGAUGCAGCAGCAGCAGGAGAAACCGGCAGUGGCAACUCCAGCAGCAGAGCCGCCGAAACCGACAACCCCUGUGGCUCCGCCGAAGACUGAGCCACCUGUUCCUAAACCCAACAUCCUGGCCUCCCCGCCACCUAACCAGCCGAACAAGGACCAGAACCAGCAGCUGAAGUCACCGAUCGUAAAUACUAACGGGCAGAAGCCGCCUCCACAACCCAGUCCUAAGUCCGUUCCCCAGCAGGCCCAGAAGCCAGCCCCUCAUCAAGGCCAUAAGACUGGGCCACACCAAGGCAUGAGGACAAACCCAUAUCAAGGCCAGAGGAUGGGGCCGCCGCCAAUGAGGCCCAGGCAGGAGCCAGAAAAAAUGACCACAAAGAACCCAUCCGUGUUCGAUGGGAGUCACGAAAAGGCGUUCAAGGCAACGCUCUCCAUGCUGCUGAAACCCGGUGAGAAGACGUACACGCAGCGCUGUCGCCUGUUCAUCGGUAAUCUGCCCAACGACAUCACAGAGGACGAUUUCAAGAAGCUGUUCGCCAAAUAUGGAGAACCCAGCGAGGUCUUCAUCAACAAAAUCAAAGGCUUUGGUUUCAUCCGAUUGGAGUCUCGCGCACUUGCUGAAAUCGCAAAAGCCGAGUUGGACGACACACCAAUGAAAAGCAGACCCCUGCGCGUCCGGUUUGCCACGCAUUCUGCUGCUCUGUCCGUGAAGAAUCUGUCUCCGUUCGUGUCCAACGAGCUUCUGGAAGAAGCUUUUUCGCAGUUCGGAAUGGUCGAAAGGUCCAUUGUCAUCGUAGACGACCGCGGCCGCUCCACAGGCAAGGGCAUUGUUGAGUUCGCCUCCAAACCUGCGGCCAGAAAGGCCCUAGAUCGGUGCAACGAGGGCGUCUUCCUGCUCACCACGUCACCCCGGCCCGUCGUGGUCGAGCCUCUGGAGCAGUUUGAUGAUGAAGAUGGUCUUCCAGAAAAGCUGGCACAGAAGAACCCCAGAUAUCAAGCAGAGCGUGAGGAACCUCCCCGUUUUGCUCGUCCUGGCACCUUCGAAUACGAGUACUCCAAGCGCUGGAAGUCCCUGGAUGACAUGGAGAAGCAGCAGAGGCAGCAGGUGGAGAAGAACAUGCGCGAGGCACGUGAGAAGCUGGAGAGCGAGAUGGAGGAUGCGUUCCACGAGCACCAGGCCAACCUGCUCAGACAAGAUCUGCUUAGGAGACAGGAGGAGCUACGACGCAUGGAGGAGGUGCACAGUCAGGAGAUGCAGAAGAGGAAGGAGAUGCAGAUCAGACAAGAGGAAGAGCGCCGCCGGCGGGAAGAAGAAAUGAUUCGCAAGAGGGAGAUGGAGGAACAGAUGCGGCGCCAGCGUGAGGAGAACUACAGGAUGGGCAACUACAUGGAUCGGGACAGAGAAAUGAGAAUGAAUCCCGGUGGAGCUUUGGGCAUGGGUGGUGGCGGUGGUGGUGGUGGUGAUAUGCCCUUCGGUGGAGCCAACCAGAAGUUCCCCAUGGGCUUUGAGGGGCAGAAGGGCAUGGGACCAGCCGCAGGAGGCCUGAUGGGCAACGAAAUGCGCAACGAGCGCUUCGCCCAGGGCGGUCCUAGGGGAAUGGGUCCUGGUAACCCCGGGUUCGGCAGGGUCCGCGAGGAGUUUGACGGUCCUGCUAAGAAACCCCGCUUUUAAAAAAAACACUGCUCUUUGAUGCUCCCAGCAGCACCAUUUUGUAUAAAUUCUCUACACCGAACAUGUUGAGAGGCAUUUCUUGUAUUUAAGUUUAAAUUGUUGCUACAUUUUAGCCUUCAAUUUACUCAUUUUAUGAGUAUUUUAUUUUAUUUCCCCUUUUUUAUUUUGUAUUGUUGGUAGUUUGGAAAGAUGGGAUCUUUAGUUCUUUCUGAUCCAUGUAUAAUUUUCUUUUCUAGAUGUAUUAUGCUCUGUGAGUCGCCGUGAACUGAAACUGUAACAAUUCUCUCUACCUUCCAUGGCUGUGUUUUGUGCCAUACAUUUGGAGUAGGCAUGUAUUAUAAUAAAGAGCAAUUGCUUGUAUCAGGACAAACGUUAGCAUUCAUUCCAAAGUUGAGACAUACAGUAUAAGCAACCAAAUACCAACUUUUGGCUGUUUCUAAAUAAUGUGGAUACAUCUGCCACAUUAGGUCUUAAAGGGUCUAUGUGUUCUCGCUGCCGCAGUCCUGAUUUUUGUUCUGCGAUUGUGUAUAAAAUGAUGUUAAAAGCAUUUUCUCGCUACAAAGGCCUCAGGCUUUUUCUUCCUCCAAUCAAAUUCAGCUGACCAGCGGAUACUGUCCCAGUUGGCAUUCUCAAUAACACGUUGUUGUUUUUAAACGUCUGAUAAAGAAGUAAUCAAGUGGCAACAUGGCUAGUGUGUAACGGCACUGACUGCUAAGAAGUCAGCCCUCGGAUAUAGUGAACCAGCCAGGAGACUCCAUUAAUUCCCGUUGCUAUUUCUUUCCACAAACACUGCUCAGUGGAAAUGGAGGUGUCUCUUUUUUCCCCCUUUUUUAAACAUGAAGCAAAUGUUCCUACUGAAGUGGCUGCACUGAGUUGUUAACCAUCUUUUAUUCAUUGGCAUUCGGUAACUGCUUUUACAGUAAUGCUUCAGGAAAGCAGAAAUGCAAUGCAUAGAUCCUUUAAGAAAGCUGUGUGUGGCCAAAUGGACACAUUCUUCUCAUGACAUAGUCUGUCAGUGACGCAUCGUCCACAUAAGUGUCGUGGGUGUGUUUGGAGAGUAUUGACUACCUUUACAUGCAGUCCAAUAUGAAUCGACAAUUCUCGUAGCAGCUUGUGGGUUGUUUUCAUCUUUCAUCACAAUUUCAAAAUGCAACCCAGCUCCGGAGUUAUAUAUUAGGCCUUUGAUGAUCCUGUUUGUGUUCAUAUUUCCCAAUAUGUCACCGGACAUCAUUAAACUUUUAUGCCUUAGUUCUGCUUUUGGCAGUGAGACUGAGAAUGUACACAAGACUGACCCUUGUACUCUGUCUACAUGUGUGCCAUGUGUAUACUGGCAGAGUUAGUUGAAGGGAUUACAGUAUAGACGGCUAGCAGUUAGUUGGUACCCAGGUACUGUGUAACGAGUUGGGCUGUGUAUACAUAUAUACUGAUAUAGUCCAAAUGUAAAAACAACCCUAACCUAUCCACGCUUGAACACUAAAACUACUAGAGAAUAAGACUGUUUUCCUUUGCCGGUAAUCAAACAAUACUAGCUGAUACCGGUUUAUGUCAACUUUCUUGUGCCCACUGAUGCGGCAAAAGUUGACUAGUGUGGACUUGCUGAUUAGCGCCACCUUACAAUGCCGGUAGUCUGCCAUCUUUGUUUCUGUCGCAUGUUCAUGGAUUGAGGUCAUUGUAACCCAAGCCUUAGAUGGACGGCCCUGUCCAAACCUGCAUGUAAAUGUAGUCAUAUUCAGUUUGGGUACAACGGAUGUUUUUUUUUUUUUUUAGCCAAAUUACCAUACUUUAGUUGCACCAUUUGUUGGCAAGAGUAAACCUGCCUUUGCAUGAUUGGCAACAAACUCAGUUGGACUUGCAAACAUGCAUUGAGGUCAGUUUUGUAGUCAUAACCACCAGAAACUAUAGCGUAUAUGUGUCAAAUCUAUGAAUGAAAAUGGCAACCCUUGCAUAUUCCCUCCCCCCCAAAAAAAGUCAGUGACAAACUAUUUUCAGUUGUUUAAAUCAAGACUAUUUAUGUAUUCCUGGUUUUCAUAGAGCAUGAUAUUGGAGUAUCAUGAGCCAGCAAGCAAAGUAAAAAGAUGAAAAUCCCUCACUUGCACAAGUUGUACUGUGACGAAGCAUUCAUUGUGCUGGACCUGAAGACAAGAAAUCCUGAGUUGGUGCUGAGAGGUGAACUGCAUCUAUGUGGCUCGUACUGCAGUAGGAUCUUUUUUUAUUUUUCUGACAACGUGCUGUCAUGUCCUCCAGUUUUUGAAUUCCCUUUCACGUCAUUUCAUAAGAGGAAGACCGGUCAAUUUUAUUUGUUUGGUGAUCUUGUUCAGUUUUACACUGAAUUCUAAUUGAUUGUGUCCCAUGGAUGCAUUCUCAUGGGGCUGGAUGCACAAACCAACAUGGCUGGAAGAAGUUCUUUCUAGUUAAUUCAUGGUAAUGGACAAGCUUCACUGUCACUCGAGUACAGCCGGAGGAUGCGGUGCUUUCAUGUUAUCUUCCUCCGAUCUAGCUUCAGUUUGGUGUUCUCGCACUACUUUCUUUCAUUGAUUGGGUUGCAUUCAACAGGAGCCAAUGACCAGCACCCGUUUCUGCAUUUCAGGAGACAACAUGUUGUAGUUGCAUCAAUGUCAUCUGUGGCCAUAUUACAAGACAAGUGGCCUAAAAUUAUAAAAAAAUAUACUUUUUCCUACCCAAUUAUAUUCGUCAUGGCUACCGUUUGCCCAGGAUGCAGAGGCUUCAAAACAAGGAACAAUAAAAGCAUAAUUGGACAAUUUGAUAUUUGAAUGACCAAAUUUUUUUUUGACUUUUGAUGACGGGCCUUUCAUUGACAUUUGGAUCAAAGAUUGUAACUGAACGCUGUAACUUGAGGCCUGCUAUUUAAAGAAAAUGGUAAAUUAAUAACAUGUAUAAAUAUCAAAAGGAAAGAAUUCUAAACCCUGCAAUUUGAAAUUGACAUUUGUACUCUGCUGCCCAAUCUGGCCCCUCCCAAUGAAUCAUGCCAGUACCUUCUCUGAGGUUUUCUGACUUUGGCAUCAAAUGGAGACUGGCUUGCCUCAGCAAGCAUUUCUCAGAGUUGUGUGGUAGGAGAAGAUGGGAUGGGCUGUGGAAGUGAGUAAGUAUUUUUGUAUUAAUUACGACUUUGCAGAUUUAGCAUAUUUGAUUUCACGCAUAAGAAUAAUAGUUUCACUUGACAGCUUUUUGUUGUUGUUGCAAAUGGUGAAUUUGAAGAUGCCGCCCGGGAAAUAGGAGUAGAACGGACAUUCCCAUUCAGAUCACCGUAACAGGAUGGUCAGAGCGGCGGCUAUUUCCGUCUUAUCGUUGAAGUGGGCCAACUGAGGUUAUGUUUUGCAGUGGAGUAGUAACUUUAAGAAGCGUAGACGUUUUAACAAUUUGUUUUUUAAAUAAUGAUUCAUUCACUUGCUCUUGUCACAGCGUAGGGCAUAUUACCACGAAGCAGUUAAAUGUCCGUUCUACUCCUAUUUUAUUUCUAUGGAUGAAGCUCUUUGUAAAUUCCUGGCACGAGCUCCAUGAGCAGUCAGUGGGCUGUUGAAGCAGAGUUUGAUACUUCUUUUAGAAUGCUUACAUUUUGGAGACGGGUAAGAACAAGUGGAGCCACUUGUAUAGUCAAACAAUAGUCUUUGGAGAACAUGUGGACCUAUAACUGGAUGACAACAAUGCAUCCUAUGGUCUUCUCUUUUGUCUAAUAUCUUCCAAAACAAAGUAUACAAGACAAUAACAAACUUUACUAUGACUUGCGUUCCUCUUGUGCACAGUAUGAUAAUGUACCUGCACAUUAACUAAACUUAUAACGUUUUGAAAUAAUAUUUUUUUUUUUUUUUCAUGACUAAAACAAGUGUAAAUGCACAUCGUAUCCCUUCUCACUGCCCCCCUCCCCACCCUGUUGCCGCAAAAACAACAUUCAAUAAUGAGACAUUGUAGAAAUACAUUAUAUAAACAUGUAAGUACAUUAUAUUGCACACAAUUAAUCCUUAGUACAGAGGAAGACCUUUAGGAACAUGACAUGGUACUUUUACUAUUCCUAUAUGAUAUUCUUAAUUGCCUAGCAACCUUUUGCAUAAGUUAGUCAAUGCUGAAAAGCAGGUGGCUGUGGGCUUUACAGUUCCUGAGAAUAUGUGGCUGCCAUAUCAUUGCUAGGGCUCUCAUCCAACCUACAUUUCCAACUAGUCACAGCAUCCUUGAAGCCAAGUUUAUGUAACAAUGCAGAAUGUUAAUUUGUACCAAUCUUAAUACAAAUGUUAGCCCCUUUUUUUUUUUCAUCAAAACUCCCAAAAACCUUUUAGGGCUGCCACACUUUCUAUUUUUCCCAUAGGACAAUACUAAUAUUAGAAUCUUUUGCUACCAUGUGUCCUUCACAUUUUUGCUUUGUUUUAGAAAGUAUCGUAAGUAAAUCCACCUCCUUGAUGUGGCAUCCGAGAACCCUGAAAGAGAGACCUACAGAUACUUGUUAAUAUAAUUGGAUGUCAUGGAGUGUUCAUCUGUAAUGAUGCGUGUGUUUGUGUUAUGUACAUUUUUUUCUUUAACAGGUUUGACCAGCUUUAAAGAGUGUGGACUGUGGCGGAAUUUGUGGCUGUAUAGCGUGGACUCAGGAAUGAUGCUGAUCUAGCUUUGUGGCAUUCCUCUGGAAAACUGUUCUUACCCUGUAGAUAAAAAGGAUAUGUACCCUUUUUUUUGGAAGGACAAGAACAUAACUAAAUUGCAACUUGAUCGAUUUUCAGAAACGUUUCCAAAAAGUUAAGUGUAGCCUACCGGUUAAUGUUUAAAAGGGGAGACCCCUACAAUUCCAUGGGAAAGUUAAUCGACCUGAAAUUGUCAACUAACUAGCGUAUUUACUUUUCUGAAAGUGGUGGUUGGCAUCAGCAAAUGCCGACAACUUUUAAGUACACUGCAGUCAUCAAUUUGACAUUUGAUCAGUUAUUUUUCAAGGCAUGCUGUAGUUACAUCGUUGCACUUCUGUUGUGGGAAUGGGAGAGCCGUUUGGUUCUACAACACCAGAUUGGUAUUGGUUAAUUAAAUCAGAUUUUCUGAAAUCAUUCAUAGAUCAAUUUAGACUAGGGACAUCACAAUACUAGAAAACUAAUGGUCAAUACCAAUUCCGAUACCAGAUUUGAGCCCACAGUAAUAAGCAAACACGUACUUCAACAUGCUCUUAUUACAGUUCCUGCAUUUUUAUUUUAACUUUUUUUAAUUGAUUCCAAAUUCAGCUUCAUCUCAAGUUUCUCGUCAAAACCAAAAUGUUACAUGUGAACUUGGCGUUAUAAUGAUCCAUUGCCCAAUACCCAUUUUACUGAAUUGAGCUUGAGCGCAUCGAGACGUAACUCUGUGCUGCUCACCGCUAGCUCUUCUGUUGAUUUCAUCACGGAUUUUUAUACAAUGUAGCUUUCACAGGGACAUUUUCUAUCGUCCUUGGACGCCUUUGGUCUUGAGCCCUCAAUCAACCUCUGGUACUGUAGAAAAGUGAGUACCAUUACUUUUCAGAACUAGACUGUACCGAAUUAUCGUUUCUCAUGACUUCCCUGUUCUGAAACAGAUUUACAACCUGUGUUUAUGGACCAAUGCUGGUGCUUUAAAAAA